AUGGGGGAUGAAAAGGAUGCUUUUUAUGUUGUACGGAGAGCGAACACCUUUGGGGUGUACAAGAGCUUAAGUGAUCUUCAAGCUGUGCUCCGAUCUUCUGCAAAUGAUCCUUUGCUGAGCGUGUUCAAGGGAUACAGUUUGUCUAGAAAAGCCGAGGAGUACCUUUCGUCUCAUGGAUUAAAGAAUGCGAUUUACUCUGUUGAUGCCAACGAUGUGCAAGAUGAUCUUUUUGGCCAACUUGUCACUUGCCCAUUUCGGCACCCAAAUUCUUCUAAAGAUAAAGCCGUUAGCAAGAAUUAUCCAGAGAAGAGGCCACAGGAGAUUGUUGGAUCAACUUCAUUUGCUGAUAGUUCUCAGCAAAAGCAUGCCAAAUUAGAUAAUUUCCUUCCGGUUCCACCAGUUUCAUCUUAUUGUAGUUCCUUUAUUCUUGAGUUUGAUGGUGCCUCAAAGGGAAACCCUGGACUAGCAGGUGCCGGAGCUGUGCUGCGGGCAGCAGAUGGAAGCAUGGUGUUUCGAUUGCGUGAAGGCAUGGGUGUUGCCACUAAUAAUGCCGCUGAAUAUCGAGGUCUCAUUUUGGGGUUGAAGUAUGCUCUUUCAAAGGGUUUCAAACAUAUACGUGUUCAAGGAGACUCGAAACUUGUCUGCAUGCAGAUUCAAGGUUUAUGGAAAUGUAAAAACCAGAACAUGGCCGAGUUGUGCAAGGUGGCCAAAGAGCUAAAGGAUCAGUUUAUGUCUUUUCAGAUCAGUCACGUUGAAAGAGAUUUCAACACUGAGGCUGAUGCGCAAGCAAAUCUUGGAGUAUAUUUAAAGAUGGGUGAAAUUCAAGUGGAAUCAGACAUGAAAUAUUAUCUCAUUGUGGUUUUCGGCUCUUUAGCGUGUAUAGUGUGCCAAGUCGGAAGCAUAUCUCGAGCCAGGCGGCCCUAUUCUUGUUUUGCAUUUAUAUGCCUUCCUAAUUUGAGUAAUGCUAUUCAUAGCGAAAACUACCGGGAAAAGAUUAUUGAGCUAGCAAGCAAUUUUUCUCGUUGGCUUACCAAGGAAAGAGAAAAAGAAAGUGGAUGA